AUGCCUCCAACUCAACCCAAGAUUUCUCGAUUGCAAGGGGAACGCUCGCAAUCUUUUUCAUCAUACAGCCCCCCUACAUUUGAUCCGGUUGCACGUCAAGCAGCCCUUCAGGGCUCUGUUUCUUCCAACGCUUUAGGCCCGCCUGCUGUGAGAAAACCACCCAUUGUUUAUCCCGCUCUUCUUUCUCGUGUCGCCAAUGCUUUUGUUCAAAGAAUCACCACAUCAUCACGUAUUAAAGAUUCGAUUGAAUAUAAAGACUGCUUUGAUGGACGCGAUGCAGUGGACAAAAUUGCGUUCAUCAUUAAAACGACUGAUAGGAAUCUAGCACUGCUCCUUGGUCGCGCCUUAGAUGCACAGAAGUUGUUUCAUGAUGUCACAUAUGUCCAUCGUCUGCGCGAUAGUGUGAAUGAACUUUAUCAGUUCCGUAACAAGCUGAUUACAGGAGGACCUCGUAUUCGAUCGAUAGAGUCACCAGAUUAUAGACAAGCGUAUGCAGCAUCAGAGUCCGUGGAUGACGAUGCUGUAAAUGGAGUAUUCACUCUCUUGACAGACUGCUAUUCCCCUACAUGUACGCGUGAUAAACUAUGCUAUAGUAUCGCGUGCCCUCGUCGUUUAGAGCAACAAUCGCGACUGAACCUGACUCCCAAUGGAGGUUUGAAGAGAGCCUUGAGUAGAUCUUCUUCAAAGGAAAAGAAGGAUCAGCGCUUGUGGAUCACGUCAGUUCCAAAGGAAAUUUCGGAUGCCCUUUCUAAUGAAGAAAAGAAACGUCAGGAGGUUAUCUACGAACUGAUUUACACGGAGAAGGACUUCAUCAAUGAUCUCAAGUACCUUAACAAUAAAUGGAUAACACCUAUUCGAACUUUAGAUAUUCUUCCAGAGUCACGUAGAGAGGCUUUCAUUGACAGAGUGUUCUACAAUAUAAAUGACGUAUACGCUGUCAACUCCAAACUAGGCGAAGCUCUCCUUAAGAGACAACAGGCAUACGCAGUUAUACCCGAAGUUGGCGAUAUCUUUUUGGAACAUGUCGUUAAUUUCUCUCCUUUUGUACUUUACGGAGCGAACCAGAUCGAGGCGAAAUAUGAAUUUGAGCACGAGAAGAACACAAAUCCUAGCUUUGCCAAGUUUGUCGAGGAAACUGAAAGAAAACCCGAAUCGAGAAAGCUAGAAUUGAAUGGAUAUCUUACAAAACCAACAACUCGUCUUGGUCGCUAUCCUUUGUUACUUGAAGCUGUCCUGAAAUAUACCCCUGAAGACAAUCCUGACAAGAAAGCGAUUCCCCAAGUCAUCAGCAUCAUCAAAGACUUUUUACAGAAGGUUAAUCUUGAAUCUGGCAAAUGUGAGAAUGCCUUCAGCUUGCGACAGAUUAACAAGGGUUUACAAUGGAAGAGUGAGCCCAUGGAACUCAACCUGUUAGCGAAGGAUCGUCAAUUAAUCAUGAAGGGACCUUUAAAGAAGAAGGGAACAAGCUCAGAGCACGCAGACCUUUAUGUAUUUGCAUUUGAUCAUGUGCUCCUUUUGACCAAGGAAAAGAAAGGCAAGGGUGGCGAAGGGUAUAAAGUCCACAAACGGCCUAUCCCUCUGGAACUGCUUACACUGUCGACAAUGGAGGAACCUGUCACAAAAUCAUCUCGUCGAACGUCCUCGCUGAUCCCGCAUAAAUCAUCCUCAGCUAGUAAUGUUGUGUCUAAAAUCACUCCAACAUCGGGGCCACUCGCUAAGAUCACCUCUGAUUCGAAAUCAGGGUAUCCUAUCGUUUUUACCCAUAUUGGGCGCCAUGGAGGUACUUUCACACUCUAUGCAACGACUCAUGCAGGUAGGAAAAAUUGGAUGGAGAAAAUUCAAAAACAGAUUCAAGCUCUGAAGAAUAAGGCCGAUGCUUGGAAACUUGUGCCCGUCUCUGAGAGGUUCUUCUCGGCCAGCAAUAAGGUCAAUUGCUCUGCAACGGUGGGAAAGAAGGGCGCAAUGAGACUCGUCAUUGGAACAGACAAUGGUGUAUUUGUCGGCAAACCAAAAGGACAAUUUGUAAAAGCUAUAACACGUGAACGUGUUUCGCAGGUGGAUGUGCUUGAAGGCGAACGCAUAUUGCUCGUUUUAGCUGAAAAGCAACUGCUUGCCUAUGGACUUGAAGCCUUGGAUAACGCAGAUCCCAACUCGCCCAACAAACGCGCCAAAAAGAUUGGUUCUUCAGUAAGCUUUUUCAAAACUGGAGUGUGUCAGAACCGAACCCUUGUAGGGAUUGUCAAACAUUCCAUCAAUGCUCUCGAUCCGAGCUCGACCAUUAAGACUUUGGAGCCGAUUCAUCAGGAUGAGUCCAAAAAGAUCAAGCCUAGCCUACGUACCAUGCUUCGUGGUGGAAACACAGAGCUAUUCAAGCUUCACAAAGACUUCUAUAUCCCCCGUGAGACAAGCUCUCUUCACUUUUUGCGAAACACCCUCUGCGUCGGAUGUAGCAAGGGCUUCGAGCUGAUUGAUCUUUCCAAUUUGAAUACACAAGAUCUACUUGACUACAAUGAUCCAACGCUUGAAUUCGUUCACAAGAAAGAUGAGAAUUUGAAACCUUUAGCAAUCUAUCGCAUCGGUACAGGCGACUCAUUUACGUUCCUACUUUGUUAUGAGGAUUUCGCUUUCUACGUUGAUAAAACAGGUCGUCGUGCACGAAAUGGAUGGAUUAUUCAUUGGGAGGGUGUACCAACAUUCUGCGCACUCGAGUUGCCUUAUGUCAUUGCCUUUGAUCCUGCAUUUAUUGAGAUUCGACAUGUCGAGACAGGCGAUCUUGUUCAAAUCAUUCCUGGAAACAAUAUCAGAUGCCUUCACCACAUGCCAAAUGUCGUUGGAGGCACCCAUGUCGUGAUGGUAAGUCUGAGACUUAAAUAUUACAGCACAAUGUAA